AUGCUGAAGUACGCUACCACCGGUCACAAUCUGAAGAUCAUCGGCGAGUGUUUUACUUUCACUGAUGACGUGUAUCCGACCUAUAGUAAAUUUACUCAAUCGCAAAUUAGUCCAAUAUACGAAAUCGUGUAUGUGGCUCAUUGUAUGUGCGGAUAUACUAUAUACUCAGUGACAGUUGGUGCCUGCGGAUUGGCCGCUUUGUUCGUUACUCAUGCGUGUGGCCAAAUCCAAAUACUUAUAUCACAACUAGAAGAUCUAUUAGCUGGUGAAAGAUUCAAACAAAGCCCGAACGUUCAUUAUCAAAUCGCUGCCAUCGUAAGAAAUCACGUAAAAAUAAUAAAAUUUGCGGCGAAAGUGGAAGAAGUUUUACAAGAAGUGUGUUUAGUAGAAUUCACUAGUUCUGUAUGCACGAUAUGUCUACUCGAAUACUAUUGUAUAGCGGAUUGGACAGCGGACGACAGACUUAGUUUCGCAACUUUUUCUCUUCUCCUUGUGUCAUUCUGUUUCAAUAUUUACAUAUUAUGUUAUAUCGGUGAGCUUCUUAUAGAAAAGAGUACUCAGAUUGGAUCGAUAUGCUACACGAUUAAUUGGUAUCAACUAUCGCCAAUAUCAGCUCGCAGUCUUAUAUUGAUAAUAGCGAUGUCCAGCCAUCCUAUAAAACUUACUGCUGGUAGAAUGGUAGACCUGUCAUUAAAAUCUUUUAAAAGUGUACUGCAAACUAGCCUGGCAUACCUGAGCUUCCUACGGACGUUAGUCAUAUAAAUUAUAAUGUGAUAUAUGUUAAAAAAUAUUUUUAAUUUAAUCUGGUUUAUUAGUUCAGCAUAGAAGAAAAUUUUCGUAUAGAUGUAAUUUACGAUAUUACUCAUAUUACUCAUAUAGAAUAAAACAUUUAAGUUCA